AGAACAUCUGAAGAUUUUCCCGAUCAAUCUUCCCAUUCUCAGUUUCGGUUCCUUCGCAACUCAUUUUGCUCUCUUUCAAUUUAUUUACGGCUUAAGGCAUAUCCUGGAUUCUGGAAGUCUAAACCAAAUUGAAGUUAUGUAUUGGAGAAGUUUACGAAGAAUCCAAGUUGAGCGAUGAUGUGGCUAUAGCUCUACUGGAAGAAUUAAAGAAGAAAACGGCUGCACCAUCCGUUAAGAAGCCGUGAAGACAGGUGCUUUUUUGCCCCUUAAAGAUGUUUUAAGGCCUACUUUCUCAUCAGGAAACUUCAAAGCCAAUCUGCAGUUGGAACAAAACGUUAGGAGUGAAUUUCACCUCUCCCCUUUGUGAAAUUACCAAUAUAGUCUUGUAUAACAAGCAACCAAACAUAACCUUCUUCUUUUAGCAUCUUACAAUUGUCAUUUGGAAUAGACUUGGGAUUUCAGGAUGGUGCUCCCAUCUUUGCCCAUUCCGUUCAGUUUUGGUUGUGUGUAAAGUUGAGAGUAGUUAUGAAUGAAACGGGACGUGCAACAACAUUCACAUGUUGUAGAUUAGUGAUGGUGAAUUGCUAGUGAUAUAUGAUUAAAGAUUCGCACCAUAGUCAAAUGGAAAAGAUGGGAUCAGAUGAAGAAGAUCUACUACCAGCAUUGCCUAGAGUUGAUAGAUUUGGAUUUCUAAAACAAGAACACAGUCAUUCAAAUGGUCUGGUCAGAAGUAGAUCAGCCUAUGAAUAUCAGAGGGAUGAAAGAAGGAUAAGAAAAUGGAGGAAAAUGAUUGGUGUUGGAGGUAGCGAUUGGAAGCAUUAUGUUCGCAGAAAACCUCAUGUAGUUAAAAGGCGAAUACGGAAAGGAAUUCCUGAUUGUCUAAGAGGGCUUGUUUGGCAGCUAAUUUCUGGAAGUCGGGAUCUUUUGCUUAUGAACCCAGGAGUAUAUGAGCAACUAGUCAUAUAUGAGACAUCGGCUUCUGAGCUAGAUAUCAUUCGAGAUAUCUCUCGCACCUUUCCUUCACAUGUCUUCUUUCAACAGAGGCAUGGACCUGGACAGAGGUCUCUUUACAAUGUUCUUAAAGCAUACUCUGUAUAUGACAGAGAUGUUGGAUAUGUACAGGGCAUGGGAUUUGUUGCAGGCCUUCUGCUUCUUUACAUGAGCGAAGAAGAUGCAUUUUGGUUGUUGGUUGCCUUGUUAAAAGGAGCUGUGCACUCUCCAAUGGAAGGGAUGUAUUUGGUUGGACUGCCUCUUGUACAGCAAUAUCUCUUCCAAUUUGAUUGUUUAGUAAAGGAUUUCAUGCCUAAGCUGGGAGAGCAUUUUUCUCAAGAAAUGAUAAAUCCCAGCAUGUAUGCAAGUCAGUGGUUCAUAACUGUUUUCUCAUACUCCUUCCCUUUUCACUUGGCCCUUAGAAUCUGGGAUGUUUUUCUGUAUGAGGGUGUUAACGUUGUGUUUAAGGUCGGGUUGGCGUUAUUGAAAUAUUGCCACGAUGACCUGGUAAAAUUACCUUUUGAGAAACUCAUACAUGCUCUGCGCAACUUUCCUGAGGAUGCAAUGAACCCAGAUACCCUACUGUCAAUGGCCUAUACAUUCAAGGUCUCCAAGCGUUUGGAAGAACUGAAAGAAGAAUAUGAAAAGCAGCGGGUCACUGUCCCGGAUGCCCAUGCUAAGAAAAAAGAGCUACCGCCCCGAGUCUGAUAAAUUGUUGAUGGUCCUUGAAGAGGUAGACUUGUUCAUCCGAAUUUUUUUUAAUGUAUUUGGAUGCCCCCUGAUGGUUGUCUCCUAGUACUACAUAUAUGUGUGUGUGUGUAGUAGUCAUUAUUAUAUGAUUAACACGAAUCAGGAAAUGUAGUGUAACAUCUGUAUCUUUAGAGGCAAAUAGCUUUUGAUAUAGUGUUGCUAGUUGAUAUGAAGAAUGAACUACUACAAAGUUUCGAAAUUAUAGAAGGUAUAUUGGAAGAAAGGGGAAAAUAUGCUAAUUCUGUAAAAAGUACUGCAUUUUCCCCCCAUAAUUGCAUGAGACCUUUAAUGUGUG